GAAAUGAUGAUUCAGGAGCGUUGGGAAGUUGGUUUGCUUUUAAUGCAAUCGGAUUAUUUCCACUUGCCGGCACGGACAUAUAUCUAAUUAACUCACCACAUUUUGAUAGAGUAACAAUAAAACUUUCGCCACAAAUAACAUUCACAAUUUUAGCUUAUAAUUUAACAUACGAAACUCACGUAAAUCCAUAUGUUCAAAGCGUAAAGAUUAAUGGUAUAAAUUGGAAGAAAACAUGGUUUAGACAUUCAGAUAUCGCCAAAGGGGCAAUUAUGGAAUUAUUUAUGGGUCCAAAUCCAAGUAAGGUUUGGGGUGUUGUUGGUGAAAAUGAAGAUAAAAUUAAUAUAGAAGAUAGAGUU